CCAGAGCCACUGGGAUGCCAAAGACCACGCUACUCUAUUCAACUGUGACCUUCGCAUUUCCCUGUCAACCCCUUCGCAUUUCCCUGUCAACCCCCAUCUCACUGUCUCUCAACCUGAAGAACCUUAAGGGCUGUUCGGGCGGCUGGGGAAAGUGUGGACUGUGCCAGGAUGGGAAGCAGGUCUGGCAAGCUCCAGCAAGAACAAGGCUAGCGUGGAGGGAACCAAGGGCAAGGGGCAAGGGGUGAGGCCUUGUGGGCCGCUCGAAUUCUGAGAUGGGACCCUCGUGACCAUGACAGGGCCAUGCUUGCUCUGGAGGCUCCAGGGCACAAUCCAUUCCUGCCUCAUAAUCCUUGGUGUUCCUCUGCUGCGGCCACACCUCCAACCCCUGCUUCCUGUGUGAAAUCUCUCUGCCUCCCCCUCAUGGGGACCCUUGUGCUUCAGGGGUCCACCCUGCUGCCCGGGGAUAAGCCAUCCGGGGAGGGUCGCUCCUCAGCCUUCGCCAGCCCUGGGGAGGGUGGGUAUGUCAGAAGUGGACUCCUCACCCUCAGAAGGACCAAGGGGGCUUUACCCCUCCCCGCAGGGGCAUGUGCCACUAAAGAGACUGUGACCCCAAAAGCUUAGGAGCCACUGUCUUUAAAGGGUGCUGUGAGGACAGGGAAGCGUGAGAAGGGUUUUCUUUAGUUUCAGAGAAGCCUGGGCAUGAGGGUGAAGCCUGCCUGAAGGCACCACCCAGGUCCAGAAACCAGACAGCUCCAGCGGCCCUGGAAGCUGCCACCUCUCAUCACACACUGUCAGCAGCUCUCUUGGCUGGUACUUCUGGGAUGGGGGCAGGAGGCUGUGCGCUCUGCUGCUUCUGGAAAUUCUAUCCCACACUGUCGUUGGGGAUAAGAAACGUGCUGGACUUCUGCCAGACGGAGAAGUCCAGACAGGCAGCCAGAGUGGGCCAUGGGUUCCCGCUGUGCCAAGCUCAGCACGGGCCACGGCCGGGGCCACGAAUCGUCCAUGAAGAAGCUGGUGGCCUGCGUGAGUCAGGAUAACUUCUCCUUGUCGUCGGAGGGCGAGGAAGAGGAGGAGGGAGAGGAAGAGGAAGAGGAAGAGGAAGAGGAAGAGGAGCUCCCUGUGCAGGGCAAGCUGUUGCUGAUGGAGCCCGAGCAGCAGGAGGAAGGCACCCAGAAUGACCUUGUGGCCCAGCAGAGCCCCGAGCCCAAGCAGACGCACUCCUGACCCACGGCGACGACGACGACGACGACGGCCUGGGAAGAGGUGCCUGCACUGCUCCAGAGCAGACUUUCAGAGAAGAGUCAAUAAAAAGUCUCCAAGGAA